CUGGACUGCUGUACCAUCUCGACCUGAUCCAGAAGGCAAACGAAACUCGUCGCUGUUGAUGAAAUUGUGAACGAUUCUCCUAUGGCAGACUCGUUGGAGCGUUCGAGUCCCGCGCCUAAUCCGAAUUGUCGAGAUGAGAUCAAGUUGCUCCCGGAUUCCACAUCUAGCCCCUCUCACUCGCCUGGGUCGAUAAGUGGUACCGAACCUCGCCGUAUGAAUCAGAAAGUCAAGCGCCGCCGUCCAGAUACCGAGGAGCCCCUCUCCAAGGCAAAUAGCCACUUUCAUUUUGGUGUUGAAGUCGGCCGCGCCAAUCUUGGAGGUGUGUAUUUGAGUGAUCGGUUCUCUCAUCGCAGAACUGCAGCGCUUGGUGGGUUUUCUUUCAACGCCACUGGCGUAGACCAUGUUCCUUCGGAACAGAGGAGAGAGUAUAUCAAACACAAAUCUAAAUUUCCAACAGUCGAACAAUCUGACUGCUAUGUACCUCGGGUACACAUCUCAGAUCAGGCCGUGACGAAAAGUCUGAUUAAAAUCGCCCAGGAAUUCAGUUUUCUCGACCAUUUUUUCGCCGACUGUUUUGGAGCAUUUGAGAAAGCGUCUAAUCACAUUAAGAUCCGCGAAGAUCUAUCACGCAUACGAAAUGACCUCGCCAAAUACCAAAACCAGAGCUCUGGUCCAAGUAAAAACGAGACUGUUUACAUUGGGUCUCUUGGACAAUUCUGCGAGAAUGUCUUCGCUUCCUGGGUAGAGCCCGCUUCUAGUCACAAUGUUAAGGCCUACAAAAAUGGACUCAAGUACGGCGAGGAAUACCUGGUCUAUUUGCGAGACACCCUCGAAGUCCCAUACUGGCAGCUCAUUAUUGAUCUCCUCCUAGAUUGGAGGGAAAGCAACACAUCCAAUACUCUCGGAACUGCGAUCCUGUACAUGCUACAAUACAAGGCACUGUCCUGCACGAAGAAAGUCGAAGACAUGACUCAAAUGACCGUGCCAAAUGGGGAAGAUGGACGGGAGAUCGCCAUUAUGAGAAGAAGUAUUCAGAAAAGGCUGGAUGUUCUUCAUAAAGCUGUGGAAGUUGUGAUGCUAGAUGAAGGCAUGGAAAUUAAGGCUGCAAUCUUUCCUGGCAUCUCAGGUCCUCAUCCAGAGCCCGAAUCGGGAACAUGCACAGCACGCCUUCCUACGAAACAUAAUGUCUCAUUACAACUAGCACUUUUUAUACUUUUCGUCAUUCUCGCCUUUAUUCCCGGCUAUCAAGGCUUCGCCAUUUCAACACAGAGGCAUGAGAUAGGGGCCACGAGCGAUUCGGAUUUCUAUUACCUCAUCCAAAGCAGUAUAAUGUCUGUCUUGGGCAAUUUUGCUACAGCAUUGCCUCUGCUCCAAUCAGGGCCCACCUCGGGUCCUUCGAUCUUUUUCUGGGUCUUUUCGGCGAUGGGGCUCUUCUCAGCUGUGCUUGCUGUGGUCAUUUACCCGUUAGCGACCACGGGUUGGAGUUCAGUGGUGUCCUUCAUCGGAAACGUGGCCUCAGCAGCUUCUCUGCUUGUUUUGACAGUUGCAACAGCAAGGGAGCAGAUGAGUGCGCCUAUAUCACGCAGCAAUGGGGAACAUCUCACCAAAGGGUACGCCGACCAGAACGGAAAGAAAAAGCAAUGAAAAGGGGGGAGAUGGCACUCGAGAGAGAGCCAGUUUUAAUUUAGUGGCCCUGUGUACGUACCUAGGUAGGUAGCUGGAAGUCAUUUCACAGCGAGAAUGCUUUUUGGAGGCUGGUUUUGAAAUUAAAUAGAAGAUGUGAUUCUAUGAGUUCCACAGACAAGACAUAUGAUUACCUAGGUACUUCAUUACAACUUUGAGAAUGUGCAAAUAAUUGACCUCUACCCAACCAUCAAGGAGAUAAUGAGGGAAAAGACAGAUGUGACGGUACGGCACCGUAGGCGUUUU